ACUACUUACACUGGGUCACUCAUCCAUACAUCAGUGGAACACAAAUGUUCCCUCAGGAUGCUCCUAUAUUCCAGUAAGAGGUACACUGCUAAACAAAUUUGAGUGGCUUUGUGAACAUCAGGGUGAUGUCAAAUAUUUCUUUAGCCUCCCAAAUCAUAUGACCUAAAUGUCAUUCAGUCUUUUUGGGAGGUCCUCAAGUGCAGAGUGUUAAGUUGAUUUCUACCACCUUCAUCCCUCAAGGAACUAGAGGCUUUUCUACUUGAUGAAUGGUGCAAUAUCCCACUACACACAAUUCAGACUGAAGCUCUUCUGAGGGCAAAGGGUGGCACUCUUUCUUAUUAGGUUUUUGAUAUUGAUAUAUCUUUUUGGUGUUCCCCUGUAGAAGAAUAUAAUAUUUGCACUGAUUCAGAAUUGUCUGGAUUAUUUUGGAUCAUCUUUCAAAGUUUUGCAUUAUUAUAAAUACCAUUUUACAUGUCUUUGCCUGUAUUUAAAAAAAAAUGAAGUUGGCAUUGUUGAACUCAUUCAGGAGCUGGAAAUAUGUGCUAUUCAUUCUCUCAGCUUUGUCUUAGGGGCGGCAGGUAGCAUAGUAGUUACAGCUGCUAUCUUGUACUUACCCUGAGUUGAUACAGUAAAAAUGACCCAGCUGUAUAAACGGGUUAACAGUGUAAGUGACUGAAUGUUGUCAGUCGCUGCUGAAAUGUGUCAAUGAAAUAUUUGGAGGUCAAAUUGAUCAGUGCUGAAAUUCUAUUUUUUGGGUUUAUAAAUUAUGUGACUUCUCCAAGUAUGACAUUAAACGUGCGCUCAGCUAGUUCAACAGAUUUCCAACCCGGAUAAAAUUCUUUGUCAAACCCCCCAUAAACAGAAAAAACUAACAUAUGUUUGGAAAGUUCCCAUAUGCCUCAAUUUCUCCCCUUAAGCAAAAACCACAGUGUAAGUAUUGUCUGUUGGCAUUUCGUUGUAAACAUGUCAGAAAAAUUAAACAUACUAAUCCCACAAAGCGCAGUUUUAAUUCUGGAGGACAGCGCACUGACAGGAGAAUCCUGCAAAGCUUGUCGUAGUGUUGACACCCGCUGUAAUCGAUCGUAACUCAUGUUCUUUUUCCCCAUGUUGCUUCUUGUUGAUUUACAUUAGCGAGUCAGUGGAAUCUGUGCCGAGAACAUGGGGUUCAUUGUAGUGAUUCUUAGUCUGAGGUUGGAGCCAGUAGCAGACUCCAGAUGUAUCAGGAGACCAGUUUCUGUUUGGCUGAGGUUGUCAGCGAGGAAUGUAGCCUUGUGUUGUAUUGGCAGACGCUCGCUCCUUUGCGGAUGACCCAUCGGAAGGUUGCCAAAACCAUCUCAAGUGAGGGACAAACCGACCCCCAUGAGAGUGGGUCAUUUACUGGCAAAUCAGACUGUAAUGGGCCAGUCUGAACCCACACGCGUGCCAUUGAGUCCAUCACCUGGGCAGGUGGUCGGGGACGCACAGUAACGGUGAGAUCACGUGCCAUGGGACCCAUCCUGCAGGAGAAAGUGUCCUGCAAAGAGAGAACAUGGAGCAGAAGGGAAGAACGGCACAAAGGGCCAGCAGCCAGCAGCCCCAAGAAAGGGAAGCUGAAUCAGAACUGCAGGUCACAGAAAAAGCCAGGAGCAAUCCCCAAACACGCACCACAGCCGCUGCGCAGGGACCCCCUUAUAGUAACAGAAAAGGACGUGCAGUGCAGUGGGACCAGGGUGAAGUCCGUCUCGCCCCGGGGAACGGAUGCCGGGACGACUCGUCCCCGCGGUCAGGUUCGAGUUUCUCCAGCAGGAGACAGCGAGGAGCGCAAGGAGCAGCGGGGCUCCCCUCGUGGUCGGGGUAGCAAGCGGAGUGAGAUGGGUAAAGGGAAGGAGCGCCGGGCAUUAUCCCUCUCCCUGGCUCCUCCUUCUGCCCACCUGGAACCAUUGAUGCGGCGCGAGCAAGAGGAGCCCGACAGCGCCAGCGACCUGUCCGACUCGGAACGGCUGCCCUUGCUCCCUCCACCGCGCACUCCUCCGCAGCUUGAGCUGCGGGCCGAAGUGAUUGGCCCCGAUCCCCUGCAGCCGCCCCUCCCCGGGCCCUGGGUGCCGUUCCUCGGCAGCCAGAGCUACCCCGACUUCCUGCCCACACCGUUCAACACUUGGAGCCUCCGGCAGCUGGCCGUCUUCGUCCACACGGAGGGCAGGAGUGCCCCUCGGCCCAGGCCGGCCACUCUCUUGGAGAGGUACCUGGAACGGCUGCUGCAACUCGAGUGGCUCCAAGUUCAAACCAUCCAGGAGGAGAACGGCAGGCCCACGGCCUCUGUGAGCGUGAGCCGGCCCCGCCCCCACACGGCUCCGCCCAGCAGCCUCAGCUCGCCCAAAUGUCUGCGCCAUUGCCAGCGUGCCUUCCCCCUGGCCUUCUUGUCCUCCCUGGCAGACCCCGCUGCCGGGGCACUUUCGGGCCGUGUGUGUCCCCACUGCCGUGUGCGCUACCCCUUUUGCAACGGGGCGUGCAGACUGUACGGGUACCAGCGCUACUCCCGGCUCGGCCCCCUCCCCGAGCGCAGGGCCCGGGGUGGCGCCCUCCCAUCAAGGAGUAGCAGCGAGAGCAGGGCGGGUCUCGCCCAUCAGUGCCGAGAACCAGGCAGCUCUGCGGGGGGCAGUAGCCACCUGCAGCGUAUGCAGGCCGCCGGGAACAUCCGCAGACCUACGGGGGGUCAGAGACCCAUGUCGAGGCCCCUCUCGAGCCCGCCUUGUUUUGUAUCUGGAGCUAGCAGGUCCGAAGGCCCCUCGAGGGAAGCUGGGUCUUCCUGUGAGAAUGUGAGGGAUGGCAGACCGCUGAUCACAGCUAGAAGCGAUGGUGAGCAAGUUGUGCCAGUGGGACGGGAUUCGAAAACACAUCCUGUUGGUUCUCUUAAAGACCUCUCCUGUGUGUCUGGUGCGAGAGUUAACAGCAACCUGAAAGUUAAAUUUGUUGCACAGUAAGUGACUUUAUACUCUUUCAUGUCAAACUCUCUUCCUUUCUGUUUUGUACACUGGCUCGUCGAAUUACAAAUAUGCCGGCACUGAAAGUUCAUUACUUGUUUAACACUCAAGUCAUAAAGGUGCACUUUACUGCCACCUGUUGGCUUGGAAAUUUGGGACUGCAGAUACUGUAAGAGAAGAAAAUAGUUGUUGUUAUUAUUUUUUUAAUCAUACCAAUGCAUUUUAAAAUUUCAAAAUCUGUAACUUGAGUAGCCAGAGCAUUUUGUGCAGGUGCAAAACAAAAUUGUGAAUCCUCAGAUUUGGGUAUGUCAUCUUUUUAAGCCUAGUGGCACAACAGAAAACGAUGUUCUGUACCAUUUAAUUCAGGUCUCCAGUGAUGCAAUGUAAUAUUUUAAUAUUUUGCUAUCUUCUCCAGGACAUUUCCUUGACUUUAAUACUCUUAGCAGUGGUGUCUGUUUAAAACACUAGGAUGUGAAACAUUUUUUCAUUUUUUUCAAGGCUUUACUGCCUUGUGUACAGGGGAUGGACAAAAUUAAACUCUACAUGGAAAAAGGAAUCGAAUAAUAAUUAGAAGCUGCAAAGUGGAGUCAUUAUCAACUAUUUCUUUGGCAUUUCUGUAACUUUGCCCAUUCUCUGCUUUAAAUUCAAGAUCCCUCCUUGUUGUAUAGAAGAUAUUUCAACAAACAUGUCAUUUCACGUUAUACAGAAAGGAAAUAUAUUCACCAAACCAUGAAUAUAUUUUAAAACAAAAAGAUCUGAAGGAAAUCGAGGGCGUCUGAAUAUGUUCUAAUGCAAUAUUUGGAAUAAUGAUAUUUCUGCCAUGAUUAGUUAUCUUUGUACAUACACUAAGGUACCAGAUGGUUUUUAUAUUUGUAUACAUUUAUACUGUUAAGGUUGUUUCUCCGAAGAGGAGUGUGCAUGGUUAAUUAUCUGGAGUAAAUAUAUUUCUACUACGUGUUUUUUAAUUUAGAACUGCUGCCAGCAUGCAAUACUUUCCAUGAUGCAGGAUGUGAAACAAAUGAAAAAAACUUUAUAUUCUGAAGCAAUUUGUGUAAAUUGUGAUGUUUACAUGUUGAAAUCAGGGAUAAAAAGGAAUGAAUUUUUUAAUUUAUACAAACAUUGUGAUAAUGUAAAAAGUUGUAUUUUUUUUUUUUUUCUUUUGAGAUGUUAUGCAAUAAAGCCUCCU